GGAGAGUCUCAUAAAGCUUUAGAAAGAGUUCCGCGGGCCGGGCGGUUAAAGGAGCCGAGCAACAAUGAGCUGCAGAGACAUGCCACUGUCCACUCCCGAAUGUCUGAAGAAGCACAGAAUGCAGUCCUUCAACCAAUUUGACAAGGUGAGCCUCCACUAUCAGCCAACGCUUGGUGGGGCGCUAGAAGAAAGUGGGGCAUCUCAGCAUCCCCACCAGCUGGAGGCACUUCAGCAGUUGGCAGGCUUGGACUUCCCCCUGGACAAGCUGUGGGAGAGGCUGGUGGGCGGCCCCCCCAUGGAGCAGAAAAUGGAAGAGAUGGAAGCCCGGCAGAAGACCUUGGAGAACAUCGUGUCGGUCCUGAGUCGGGAGCUGGGCAGGAGAGUGGAGCCCCCCGCAGAUACCCUCGGAGAGGCCAUGGCCCGGAUUCUCUACCUGGAAGAGAAGGUGGAACAUCAGGACUCACUCUUGGCCAUGAAGGACGUAAUGAUCAGCAAUUUGGCGGCACGGAUCCACACUCUGGAACAAACCACCUAUGACGGAUGUUUCCUCUGGAAGAUCUCAGAUGUGGGGCUCAGAACUCAGGAGGCGCUAACCAAUAACAGGCCUGCUCUUUACUCCCCCUGUUUUUAUACCAGCCGCUAUGGAUACAAACUCCGUCUCAAACUCUUCUUGAAUGGAGAUGGGACAGGCACUGGGACCCACCUCUCGCUCUUCCUGGUCGUGAUGAAAGGGGAAUAUGAUUUCCAGCUUAAGUGGCCUUUCCAGCACAAGGUCACCUUCACUCUUCUGGACCAAGUCAACAAGCAGCACUUCUCCACCUCCUUCCGUCCCUUGCAGUCGUCUUCCUCCUUCCAGCGCCCCGUGAGUGAACAAAACGUGGCCAGCGGCCUUCCCGAGUUCUUCCCGUUGAACUUGCUCCAUGCUUCGGGGACCACCAGCUCUUCCCGUUUUACCUUUUAG